UGGGUCCGCUAGUGGUAUCUGCAACCCACCGGCAUCUCCGGUGUUUACUACAGCUGUCGCCCUCUGAUCUAUGCGCCGCGCUCUGUUAAUUCAAAGCUCCACUUCACUAUGGAAGGACCUAAUGAGCCACGUGCUCCCAAAGCAUGCAUCAACUGUCGGAAGCAGAAGAUGAAAUGCAAGAUGGAUCAUGGUGAUACAUGCCGAAGAUGCAGGCGAGCUGGCUUGCCAUGUAUCUUCGUCCCUCGAGCUAACGCUGCGGGACCCUGGAAGACCAAUUCCAAUACCGACGCUUUCCUUAUGUACGAUACACUUCCUGGUGAUCUUGGACUGCAUCUGUUGCAGCGUGUUAAAGCAAUCGAAGAUCACCUUGGUAUUUCUGAUAAUUUGGGCUCCGCACAUGAGGCUGAAGGCGUGCUCGAGCAGGGAGACUCAGCGUCUGGCGAAGACGGUGCCACGUUUAAGCCACUUUGGCAAGCCGCAGCGACUCUCGAAAAAGGCAGCAUUGGUCCUCAUAAUCCACAACUCUGGGAAAGGCCCAUGCUUAAAAGUCUGUUUCUGACAUUUCAUCAAAAAAUGCCUGGCCUUCACUUUCUGCCAGACAAGCAGAAGUACUCAGCACCCUGCCCACUACUUCUUGCUGCUAUUCUCUACUGUUCGAGCGUCCGAGGUACACGCGAAGAGGCGGAAUUGGCACCACAUUACUUUACAGUUCUUUGUAGCGCUAUUUCGCAGCUCACCAUCCCACAAAGCAGUAUCGGAACCGUUCCUGAAGAUCCCUCCCAGGUCGAAGAAUGGGCAUUCCAAACAGUCCUGGGACUCAUUCUCGGAGGCCUGCUUGCAGAGGCAAGCAUCCGCGAAACAGGCGUCUGGAUCUCAAUUGCAUAUCGUUUCGUUCUUGAAUACUUCCCUCCGUUUCGCAAUGACAGACGACAUGAUUGGCGAAAGCUCUUCAACGGCGUUCAAAUCGCGGACUUGGAACAUGCCUCGCUUCAUCUGUCUUCGCCUGUCAUACCAAUUGAGCCCCCUGUCCCAUCCUUACAAACAUCAUACCAGGAUCAACUGUAUCGCUUGUCCCGCAUGAUGCAUACCGGUCUGAGUCACUUUGCAGGUCGUGGUUUACCGACCAUUUGGUCCUGCAUCACCGGUGAGAUUGCUGCAACGCGGGAUGUGACUUGCAUGGAGACCAUAGUACCAUUCACUGCAGUCGAUGCGGCUGUGUUACGCGAUUGGGCAAGGCAGCUUGAUAUAUGGCUCGAAGAUUUCACCCGAACAACCGAAGAGACAAGUGAGAACCGAAGAACCGUUUAUCGACAAUACGUACUACAUCGACUUACGGUACUCUCAAUCUACCAUCCUGCACGCGGAGGCAAUCUGUCCAAGGAACAGCAUGAGCUUUUGCUCUCAGCGCGAGUGACUAUGAAGCUUCACAUAGAGGACAAAACCAUUUGGUCCAACUGGGAUAUUAUCAUGAUCACCUGGGCGACUCUCAUUGUCAUACAGGGCAUCCAAGGUGGCGUGGGCGAGUCCGACGACUUGGAUCUGAUUCGAGCUCAUCUUGCUUCCUUGAGAGAGACCAAUGAAACGAGUCAUAGUCUUCGACAUAGACUAGCAGAGCGACUAAGCUGCGCGUUGGAUGGUAUGGAGCCACCCAGCUCUUCGACGAUACAGCCUAAUAGCCUCGACAUUGAUACAAUCAACCCACAGUUUGAUGACUCAUGGCAGAUCUUCGACCAAGCAAGCUUAGAUCAAGUCAUGUUGUCAGCAUGGUCAACGCCUGCGGGGCUGCAGACUUCAGUGCUUAACCCAUCAAAUUCGAGUACCUAUUCAGGAAAUCCAGGGGCACCUAUGCACAAUUCGUGGUGAACACGACAGUGCGGUCCAUCAUCCUUGAGAACUCAGCAAAUCUCUCUGGGAAUGCGCGAACACAUACUAUCUGGCGUCAACUCCUCAAUAUCUGGGUG